AUGUUGUCUUCUAUUGGACGCGCCGCCAUCAGGCGCUUGAUCCCAAUACCUAUCGCUACGUCAUCUAGUCGCAUUGGAGCCUCCGGCUUGUCUGCGAACUCUUUGCGAUCUGGUCGUCUGUUCGUUCGAAGCUUUGCGACUCCAGGGAGACCUAAGGCUUCUACUACCACUAAGAGUGCGACAACGAAGCCAGCGGCCACAAAGGGACGUCCCAAGGGCACGACCAAAGCCACAGCCACUGCUAAAGAUACUGCCACUAAAGCGUCUAAGGCCACCAGGACUGUGAAGGCUACGAAGUCCACCAAAUCCGCGAAGCCCAAGCCCAAGUCCAAGGCCAAACCAAGGGGCAGACCCAAGACCAAGCCCAAAAAGCGUCAGCCAAUCAGCCCGGAGAAGAAGCUUAUCCUUGAACGAAGAGAACUCAAGGUUACGGCCAUCUUCGCCGAGCCGAAAAAACUUCCAGAUACUGCCUGGACAGUAUUCGUGGUUGAGAAGAAUCAGGGUAUUCCCGGUGGCUCAGAAAUCUUCCGUGCCAAGAUGACUGGAAUUGGUCAGGAAUAUAAAACCCUGUCAUCCUCCCAACUUCAGCGACUCCAAGACAUUGCGGAGCAGAACAGGCUCGCUAAUGUGGCAGCAUACAAGGCGUGGACAGAGAGCUACAGCCCUCAAGAGAUCUACAAUGCCAACAAUGCCCGUCGACUUCUGAAGAAGAAACACAAUUACCCUCCUAAGUCCGGAGUGAAGAUCAUCCGCGACGAUCGUCUGCCUAAACAGCCCACUACCCCAUUCAGCUUGUUCACAAAAGCAAGAUGGGCUACCGGAGACUUCGCCAAUAAGUCCAUAUCCGAGUCUUCCAAGGCGCUCGGCGUCGAGUGGCAGAGCUUGUCUGAGGCAGAACGAGCUCCAUACUUUGACCUUUUCAAGGUAUCUUCGGAUCAGUAUGCAAAGGAAGUAGGAGAGGUUUUUCACCGAAAGGUAAAAUAUGAGCCUAAAGCAUAA